AUGAAGGACGACGCGGCGGGUUUGGUGCGGCGGUCAUGGGUGGCAGAUGUUGGGUUGAUGAAGGAAGAAGCGGCGGGGCUGAAGCGGCUGUCAUGGGUGGUAGACGUCGGUGCCGGCUCUGUGACGGGAAUCUUACUUACCGGCGGCGCUGGAGCGACGGAUGACGGAGAAUGGGGACCCUCGGUUGGCGUCGCAGGGGACAGAGCCGCCAUGGAUUGGCCGGCGGGGACGAGAAUCGCGUGUACGGCGGCGGAAGUAGAGCCGGUGGAGGUCGGCGGCGGAAGUAGCGCCAGUGGAGGUCGGCGGCGGAAGUAG